AUGGCAGGCUACAGUAAGACGUACAACCUCCUUGACCCAAAUCAUGUUGCAGAAAUACAAAAAAUGUUGUUCAAAGAGGAUAAUGAUGAAGUUCAUGAGGAUUUUGAAGAUGAAAUAGACACAGAUUGUGAUGAUGCAGUUGAAGUUCGACAGGAAGAUUCAGAAACAGAGGAAAAUGACAGUGAAAAUGACGAGGAAGUACUUGAAGAAAGCCAGAAUUAUUGUAGUGGAAGGGACAAAGAGACAAAAUGGAAUAAAGUUCCACCAUUGCAGAGAGUACAUUUCAGGGCUCACAAUAUAAUUCGAAAGUUACCUCGUCCUAUAGAUGUGGCAAAAGCAUUGAGAACGCCUUUGGAAUCCCGUCCUCGUCGUUGGGAGCUGAUUCCCACGAAGGAUGGCGGAGUCGAGCUUCUCGACCUGACGCAGCCUCUGCCGGAAGUGCGCGUCGACGCGAGCGAUGUCGUCUUCCAGCUCUACACCAAAGCAAAUCCAAGCAGUCCUCAAAUUUUGACAGCCGGUGGUUCUUAUGUUGGAAACUUCGUUGCCUCGAAGCAAACAAAAUUUGUUACUCAUGGAUGGGUGAAUCAAGGAGAUCACAUGAGUGCAAUCCGUGAUGGACUUGCUUCUCUCGGUGCCAGCACCAAUAACAUGCAGCUUGUAGGACACAGCCUAGGCGCCCAUGUCUGUGGUGUUGCAGGCAAUCGUGUUACUGCAGGAAGACUGAAUAGAAUUACAGGCAUGGACCCAGCGGCACCACUCUUUGGUAUAGAGUCUACUGCAGACCGUCUUGAUGCAAGUGAUGCUAGCUUUGUACAGGUGAUACACACCAGUAUUGUAUUUCCUGGCUGGAAAGAUGCUAUGGGAUCAAUUGACUUCUAUCCAAAUGGUGGAUCAUCCAAGCCUGGUUGUGGUAUUGAUGCUGGAGGUGUCUGUAGCCAUGGUCGCUCAACAGAGUUCUUUGCUGAAUCUAUAACAACAGCAACCGGUUUUAACGCACACCAGUGUGGCAGCUGGAAUGACUACAGUAGUGGAAGUUGCGAUGGCAAUCCAACUGCUCUCAUGGGAGAGACUGUAUCAACCAGUGCUUCUGGAACAUACUAUUUGGCAACUGCAAGUUCUUCACCAUAUGCUCUUGGAUAA